AUGCCGACCGCAGACACAGAGAAGAAGGUGAACAUGCAGAGGACGUACUCCGACCCAGACCUGCCUCAACUGCUACCUCUGCCAGCACGACCGUCCUCGUCCUAUGAGCCACGACCCAAGGUCAAAGAGGCCGCCCAGUUCACGGACGAUGUCAUGCAGGCCAUGGCAGAGAAGCUGGGCAUCAACGUGAUGUCACAGCCGGAGUUCAACUGGGUGAUCCGAGACUGCCUGCUCUCGCUGCGAGACGAAGGUUGGACCUGCCAGGUGCGAAGCGGUGACCUGGAGUACUGCUACAAGUACAAGGAUGAGACGCGACCGUACCACCCCAUUGCGGAGGCGCACCGGAAGCUGGCAGAGCGGCUGAUGGCCUCGCAGAGCGAUCUUCAGAUGAAGCAUUUGGAUCCACACUAUCGCGUGCGGCAUCACGUCUAUCGCGCCAUCAUGGGCGAGAAGGACGUUCGCCGCGUCUGCACGCCCAAGUUGAUCGAGGAAAUCAUGAAGGAUUUGGACGUGAGCCCGUCGGAUGAGCCUUACCUGAUUCGGAGGAUCAAGACAUCUGUCGAGGAUGCCUACUUCAGGUACAAACGGACUGGCAAGUUCCAAACCACCAUCGAGAACUGCGUGGACGUGGAGUCCCUGGUGGUCAACCUAGAGCUGGAUCGCGUUGGCUUCAUGAAGAAGAUCUCCCCGUCAGGACUUCUUUACUGCGUGGAGUGCCAAACCUCCCUCGGGGAUGUGAUCUCUGCCGGCUGCCACGACGUCCUGUGCAACCAGUGCGCUGUUGAGACGCACAGCACUGGGAACCGGCAGGAUGCUCCGCUGGUCUUCAUCGAGCAGGCAGUCUGCGCCGAGUGUACAACCAAGUCCGCUCUGGUGCGCUGCCAAGACUGCGUGGAGCUCUUCUGCUACGACUGCUUCAAGCUGACUCAUGCUGCCGGGAAGCGCAAGCGCCAUUGUGUCGGCCUUCCUCAGAGGACCUUCUGCUUCGAGUGCGACACGCGAGAGGCUGUGAGCAGGGAGAAGAUUCUGCACGCACUCGCCUCUCUCAUGGCCAACAAGGAUGCAGCCUAUGUGGCAGGUGUGCGCAACCGUGCCGCGAAGGGCAACUUGCAGAUCAAAGGCCAGAGCAUCACCGAGGAGAUCGUGGAUGAGGCUCUCACCCGACUGCCCAAGGCCGAGGAGAAGACGAAGCCUUUGGAGCCUCCGGCCGCGGUUGGUGCUCGUUGGACCCCUUCCUCGGCCUCCAUCGCCUCAAUCGUGAGCAAGGCCCUGAUGGAGUGUGAGGAUGCCGAGCAGUACAUGGAGCGCGUCCGGGUCGUUGGGGAUGCCAAGGUGGCCGUCCUGCCAAAGCCAGAUGUGAACACCACGCCCACUGGGGAAUUCCUCUGUUCAGAGGAGUGGGCGGAUACCGUGGCACGGAUGGUGAACCGCAAGGACGGCCGUGUCUACGUGCGACUGCGCAACUUCAGCGGCUGGGUGUCCUCACGGUCCCGAAACGACUACAACAAGGUCGUGCUGGAUGUCGAGGAAGGGAAACCUUCGCUGGAGCCGGGCACGGCCCAGGUCAUCGCCAUGAGCCGGGCCAUGCGAUUGCUUCCGCACAUGACGCAGGAGGGCUACCAGAUCUCCAAUGCCAGCGGCACGAAGGUGCGCCGCUUCCGCACCACCGUCAUCACGCCGAAGCUUCGUCCGACUUAG